UUCUAUAGAUCAGUUUAAUACAAUAGCUGAAUAUUUUCCAAUCCCAACAUUACAAGCAAACGCAACGUUAGCUAGCUCGCCAUACAGAUGUAUGCAGCUAUGCUUCUGCUAUAUGAGACAGCGACUGCCGCCCGGCUCCGUUAACAAAUGAUGGGCCGUAUGCUUUUCUCUCUCGUGUGGAAAAUGCAAUGGCGUAACUAGCUAGGUAAAUCGAGUUGUUUUUCUUCGGUUUACAUUCGUGCGCAAACACCGACCAAAUGGAUGCUUAUUGAUUGCGCACGCUGUGGAUGAUUUGAAUAUGCCUGUCACCAAUACUGUAAUCUUGGGGAACACCGAUCGUAAAUCAAUCCAAACCAAUAUGAUUUACAUAUUCUGAAAGGAGUAACGUUAAGAGCAUUACUAGGCAUUAGUGCUCACCCGAUAGAAUGUUUUGAAAAAUAGCCUGAUGUACUCGGACGCACCAGUUUAAAUAUUGUCUGCCUCCCUAUAAUACAUAUAAAUAACAACCUGGACUCAGUGGAAGACGGAAUAUAGUACAUUUAACGUGUUUUCCUCCAUUUAGUAUGAUAUGUUACGUUUCGUAUGUCAUCAGAAGAGGACUGAAGACGCAUGGAGACACCCCCACUACGAUACAAAACUGAAUCCCUACACGAGAGCCAGGAUGAGUGAGGCGUGGCAGCAGCAUGCUGUUGCUCCCCCUCCGGUGGUGCACACCAUACCACCGGGGGCGGAGAACGCGUUGGGCUGCGCCGUCUAUGGUAUCGUCCUGCAGCCUGACCCCGCUCUGCAGCAGUCGCAGCACCAGCAUGGCCAGCAGCACAGCCAGCAGCAUGGGCAGCAGCAACACCCUACCCAGGUACAGCAGCCCUCUCUGCAGGUAGGGGGCGAGGGCGGUCACAAGUGUGGAGCAUGCGGCCACGACAUCUCCCACCUGGCCAACCCACAUGAGCACCAGUGUAUGGUGAGCCAGGACCGCUCCUUCCAAUGCACCCAGUGCAUGAAGAUCUUCCACCAGGCCACUGAUCUGCUGGAGCACCAGUGUGUGCAGGUGGAGCAGAAGCCCUUUGUGUGUGGUGUGUGUAAGAUGGGCUUCUCCCUSCUCACRUCGCUGGCACAGCACCACACCUCYCACAACAGCACCAACCCCAUGAAYUGCUCCAURUGUGAGAAGACCUACCGACCGGGCUCCUCUGGYAACACCACYCCCWSCUCCUCUMCCACCAACCCUCAGCAGCCGUCUGCUGAUGGAGCCUCUUCAAGUGGGAGUGUGGCAGUGGGAUCUUCUUCCUCAAUUACAUUUCCAUCGGCCCGUGACAGGCCCUACAAGUGUUCCGUCUGUCAGAAGGGUUUCAGGCACCUGUCAGAGCUGGCCCGCCACGAGCGUGUGCACACUGGAGAGAAGCCCUUCAAGUGUGACACGUGUGACAAGAGCUUCAGCCAGUCCUCUCACCUGGCCCAUCACCAGCGCACCCACAGCUCUGAGCGCCCAUACAAAUGUGCUGUGUGUGACAAGAGCUUCAAGCACCGCUCCCACCUGGUGCGCCACAUGUACGCCCAUUCCGGAGAGCACCUGUUUAAGUGCAACCUGUGUGAACUGCACUUCAAGGAGUCUUCUGAGCUGCUGCAUCAUCCAUGCCACCCACAAGGGGCACGCCCCUUCCGCUGUGCAACCUGUGGAAAGGGCUUCAAGCGUCCAUCAGACCUGCGGCAGCAUGAGCGCACUCACUCUGAGGAGCGUCCCUUCCACUGUGAGGAGUGCCAGAUGAGUUUCAAACAGCAGUAUGCCCUGGUGCGCCACAGGCGCACGCACAAAAACCCAUCUGACCGACCAUUCAAGUGCAACCUUUGUGACAAAGGCUUCUUGCAGCCAUCCCAUCUGCUGUACCACCAGCACGUCCACGGCAUGGAGAACCUGUUCAAGUGCGCAUCCUGCCAGAAGGAAUUCAGUCAGUCAGGAGAGCUGCUGCGCCACAAAUGCGGUGAGUCGUCCUCUUCAUCUAGGGAGACAGACAAGCCUUACAAAUGUGACGUGUGCGGCAAGGGAUACAAAAAGAGUUCGACACUGCAGCGACAUCAGAACUCGCACUGUCAAGAGAAGCCCCUAAAGUGCUCCCUAUGUGACCGCCGCUUCCUGUCAUCCUCAGAGUUUGUGCAGCACCGCUGCGACCCGUCCCGAGAGAAGCCCCUAAAGUGUCCCGAAUGCGAGAAGCGCUUCAAGUACUCGUCUGACCUGAAUAGGCACAAGCGUGUCCACACCGGGGAGAAGCCCUACAAGUGUGCUAGCUGUGAUAAAGGCUUCAAGCAACGGGAGCACCUGGCCAAGCAUCAGAGUGUGCAUUCCAGAGAUGCCCAGUUCAAGUGUGUUUGGUGUGGAGAGCGCUUUGGAGACCUGGGAGCUUUGCAGGAGCACACAGUCCAGCACACAGCUGAAGGAGGGGGUUACCCUGUGCCACCUUGCAUAUAGURARGCCCCUCCYRUCUGUACAAGUUCAUAGCAAACGUCCCUGUCUACCAUUAAUUUGCAGCACCCAGCUUAACACACUUGAACUGGGCAUCUCUGGAGUGCACACUCUGGUGCUUUCCAGAGAUACCCAGUUCAAAUGCUUUGGAGACCUGGGAGCCCUGCAGGAGCACACAGUCCAGCACACAUCUAAAGGGAAGGAUUACCCGAUGGUAGGUUACUCUGUGCCACUUCUUAUCCAGUCCAUAGCAAAUGUCCCUGCCUACUCUUAAUUUGCCCCCAGCAAUAACAAUCCAUACCCUCACUUCCCAUCUGAAAACUGAUACCAGUCCACUUCCCCACCCUAAGAAACCCAUACAAUUUAUAAUUGUAAAAAAAAAAAAAAAAAAAAA